AUGAUGACGAUAAUCAACAACACUGGCAGUGGCAUCAAGAAGUCCGUGUCGUUUCCCGACAACGUUGUAUCGGAGGUUUAUCCAGUGGAAUGGAAAGACAAGUCAAAGAAUGGAGAUCUCUUCUACUCGCAGGAGGACUUUCGUCGUUUCAAGCAAGAGCGCCGCCAAAUGAAAAUCAGAAGCCGCAUUGCUGAGAGAUGCAGAAAUCGUCGACACAAUAUCAUGUUCGAGACGCUGAUGCUGCCUGUGAACGACACGCCCAUUCAUCAUAGCAUAUCCAGUUCAAGUCUGAUCAUGGAAAUUGACAACGAAGCUCGCAUAGAACUGCGAGAAGCGUACUGA